CCCGUCGAGCAGGCAAUUUAGUUUUGUGUGAUUAACUCCAAAAGCACAGGGAGCUUUAAUUUACACGUGGCAAGAUAUUAACCCAAUACGAGAUGUAUAAGUUGAACCGGCAACAACAAAAUCAGACAGGAGAAGAAAAUUGAGGCAGAGCCGGUGGGCGAGAUAAACUCCACGGUUGAAACCAGAUUUAACAAAUUAUCUCUUUCUCCUAUGUCGGAAUUUUCCCGCCAAUUCGAUCAACUCAAAACGACGUCCUUUCUCCCCGCAGCAUGAAUUUCCUUCCCCGAUUCACUUCAUUCCCUUCAAAGCCACUCUUUUUACGAUCAUCUUAUCCAUAGCUCUCCUUCUAUUCAAACCACCCCUUAACCCGACCCAGAUCCAAACUGAAACCCACAAUCAAACGCCGUCGUCCCCCAAUAAUUACAUUGUCCGGUUCAUCCAGUACAAGAACGCUGAAGAUCACCGUUCAUAUCUGAAAUCCCGGAUUCGAUCCGACGGCUGGAAAUGGAUCGACAGAAAAAACCCGGCUUCCAAAUACCCUACCGAUUUUGGGUUAAUUUGGAUCCAGGAUUCGGUGAAAGAAAGAUUAAUCGAAGAGAUUGAGAAGUUGGAAUCAGUCAAAGAUGUGAAUUUGGAUUUCAGCUAUAAAAGGGAACUGCUUGGAGCUUUGAGGAUGGGAAAAAACGACCUGGAAAGAUUUUUACUUCGAUGUCGUUUAAUGAAGGAGAGUAUUACGCCGCUACGACGAGUAAUUCCACGAUCAAUUGGGGACGGCAUCUUUUAACGCAGAAGUCUCAAGUUACUUCCUUGUUUGGAGCGGAUGUUCUUUGGGGGAAAGGGUAUACUGGUGCUAAAGUUAAAAUGGCCAUAUUUGAUACUGGAAUCCGAGAAGAUCAUCCACAUUUCCGUAAUAUUAAGGAACGAACAAAUUGGACCAAUGAAGAUACACUAAAUGAUAAUCUUGGACAUGGUACAUUCGUUGCGGGCCUUGUUGCUGGUCAAGAUGCUGAAUGUCUUGGUUUUGCCCCAGACACUGAGAUUUAUGCUUUUCGUGUGUUCACAGAUGCACAGGUUUGGGAAAUAACAGCAAAUAAUAUUAUUAUGGUUUCGGCAAUUGGAAAUGAUGGACCACUCUAUGGCACUUUAAACAAUCCAGCGGACCAGAGCGAUGUUAUUGGCGUUGGUGGGAUUGACUAUAGUGAUCACAUAGCCUCAUUUUCUUCACGUGGCAUGAGUACUUGGGAGAUUCCUCAUGGUUACGGUCGUGUGAAACCAGAUGUUGUAGCUUAUGGACGGGAAAUUAUGGGGUCCAAGAUCAGUACAGGUUGUAAAAGUUUAUCAGGGACUAGUGUGGCAAGUCCUGUGGUUGCUGGUAUGGUAUGCCUUCUUGUCAGCAUUAUCCCUGUAAACAAUCGGAAAAACAUUCUAAACCCUGCAAGUAUGAAACAAGCACUUGUUGAGGGGGCUGCAAAGCUUGCUGGUCCAAACAUGUAUGAGCAAGGAGCAGGAAGAGUUGAUCUGUUAGAAUCAUAUGAAAUCCUAAAGAACUACCAACCUCGUGCAAGCAUUUUCCCUAGUAUUCUUGAUUAUAAAGACUGCCCUUAUUCCUGGCCCUUUUGUCGACAACCACUUUAUGCUGGUGCCAUGCCUGUAAUUUUCAAUGCUACCAUUCUAAAUGGGAUGGGAGUUAUAGGUUUUGUCGAAAGUCCACCAACAUGGCAUCCUUUGGAUGAGGAAGGGAGUCUCCUAAAUAUUCGUUUUACUUAUUCAGAAGUUAUCUGGCCUUGGACUGGUUAUCUAGCUCUGCACAUGCAGAUUAAAGAAGAAGGUGCGCAAUUUUCAGGAGAGAUUGAAGGAAAUGUAACUGUUAGGGUAUACAGUCCUCCAUCUCAAGGUGAGAAGAGCCCUCGGAGAAGUACCUGUGUGCUUCAGUUGAAAUUGAAAGUGGUUCCUACACCUCCAAGAUCAAAACGGGUUUUGUGGGAUCAGUUUCACAAUAUUAAGUACCCUCCUGGAUAUAUUCCAAGAGACUCUUUAGAUGUUCGUAAUGACAUUCUUGACUGGCAUGGGGAUCAUCUUCAUACAAAUUAUCAUAUUAUGUUCAAUAUGUUAUGUGACACAGGAUAUUAUGUUGAAACACUUGGUUCUCCUUUUACAUGCUUUGAUGCUCACCAGUAUGGAACACUCUUGCUGGUGGACCUUGAGGAUGAGUACUUCCCAGAGGAGAUUGAAAAGCUAAGGGAGGAUGUUCUGAAUACUGGCUUGGGAUUGGCAGUCUUUGCUGAGUGGUAUAAUGUGGAAACUAUGGUGAAGAUGAGAUUCUUUGAUGACAACACUCGGAGUUGGUGGACUCCAGUCACUGGAGGUGCUAACAUUCCAGCUUUGAACAAUCUUCUGGCUCCAUUUGGGAUUGCUUUUGGAGAGAAGAUUCUGAACGGGGAUUUUUCUGUCAAUGGUGAGCAGAGUCGCUAUGCAUCUGGAACAAAUAUUGUUAGAUUUCCUGGAGGUGGGUAUGUGCACAGCUUUCCUUUGCUAGAUACAUCAGAGAGUGGAGCAACUCAGAGUGUGCUAACUUCUGGCAUGAUCAAGGCUGCCUCCCCAAUUCUUGGCCUUGUAGAGGCAGAAGAAGGUCGCAUUGCAGUCUAUGGUGAUUCUAAUUGUUUGGAUAGCAGCCACAUGGUUACUAAUUGUUAUUGGCUUCUAAGGAAAAUCUUAGAUUUCACCAGUUCAAACAUCAGAGAUUCAGUACUUUUUUCUGACUUUAGUAAGCAACAUACACCCUUGACUGAAGCUGACAACCAGUUACCGUCUCGUAGAACUGAUGUAAAUUUCUCUUCAUAUUCUGCCGUCCUGGGGAAGGAUUUGAUUUGUUGGAGUGAUUCAAGAUUUGAGGUUUGGGGAACAAAAGGAUACAAUUUACACGUAAGGGGAAGAAAUAGAGUUUUGCCAGGCUAUCCUGUUACUGAUUUGGGGAGAGGUUUGAAUUCCACUAUGAACACUUCAAAAUCAAGGCGUCCGAAGUAUGCUGAGAUAAGUAAGGGUGAUUCCUUGGGAAGUAAAUACUUUGGUAUGUUCUACAAAGACGAGCUUGAUAUGCCUGUGCUAGUUGCUAGUCAUUGGCUUGUACCUCUUGUAGUUGCAGUUACUGGGCUUUUGGUGUUUUUGAGCUUCUGGAGAAUCCGACAACGAAGACGGAGGAGAAGGAAAGGAUCUGUUCCCAGUCGUUUGGCCAAUCUCUAACCAAGGUAAUUUUUUUUUUAUAGAGCUCCUUCCUGACAUUACAGAGUCUGUAAGAAAUCUCCUGUAGUAUUGUUACAUGUGUUUUUGAAUUUUGUCUUGGGCUUUAUUACAGGAAUUAGUUUUGUUUUCACAAUAUAGGUUUGUUGUUUUGAUUUUGGCUCGGCUGCUUGUUACUGGAGAAAUUUUACAGAUAUAUCAUAGGACUUCUUAGAUUUUA